UCCCUGGGCGAGGAACGUGCGGCCCCGGCCAAAUUUGGGUUUCGCUGCGAAAGGAAAUCUAGCUCUUCCGAAAGCCUUGCAGGGCGAGAGCGGAAAGGGCCCAGGGACUGUGCUGGAGUCGCACAGCCGGCGGGGACGGAGAGCCAGGCUUCCUAGCACGCACGGUCACUGACUUCACGCCUUCCUUGUGCGCCUGCAGCCCUUGGUUCUUCUUGGAAACGCCGACGCCUUGUCCGGGGCUGGUGGGGCUGGGGCGCCAAGAGGCUGCUGACAGUGCCCGAGAGGACCCUCAGUCUCUGGUGGAGUUGGGUCGCGGGUGGGGGGAGCCAGGAACGCCUCCUCUGAAAAAUGGCAGAAGCAGUUUUCCAUGCCCCAAAGAGGAAAAGAAGAGUAUAUGAGACUUAUGAGUCUCCCUUGCCAAUCCCUUUUGGUCAGGACCAUGGUCCUCAGAAAGAAUUCAAGAUAUUCCGUGCUGAAAUGAUUAACAAUAAUGUGAUUGUGAGGAAUGCAGAGGACAUCGAGCAGCUCUAUGGGAACGGUUAUUUUGGAAAAGGUAUUCUUUCAAGAAGCCGUCCAAGCUUCACAAUUUCAGAUCCUAAAGUGGUUGCUAAAUGGAAAGAUGUGAAGACAAACAUGCCUAUCAUCACAUCAAAGAGUCUCCUGCAUGCUGGGGACAAAGGGCCUGACCACGAGUAUGUGCUGGUCGAGGAAGAGGAGUGUGCCAUGAGCAAGAGGGAGGAUGCCCCAAAUGAGGAAUUGGUGCAAAGAAAGAGACUAAUAUGCAGAAGAAAUCCAUAUAGGAUCUUUGAGUAUUUGCAGCUCAGCCUAGAAGAGGCCUUCUUCUUGGUCUAUGCUCUGGGAUGUUUAAGUAUUUACUAUGAAAAGGAGCCUUUAACGAUAGUGAAGCUCUGGAAAGCUUUCACUGUAGUUCAGCCCACAUUCAGAACCACCUACAUGGCCUACCAUUACUUCCGAAGCAAAGGCUGGGUGCCCAAAGUGGGACUCAAGUACGGGACAGAUUUAUUGCUAUAUCGGAAAGGCCCUCCAUUUUACCAUGCAAGUUAUUCUGUCAUUACUGAGCUAGUUGAUGACCAUUUUGAAGGCUCUCCCCGCAGGCCGUUCAGUUGGAAGUCCCUGGCUGCCUUGAGCAGAGUUUCUGUUAAUGUCUCCAAGGAACUUAUGCUGUGCUAUUUGAUUAAACCCUCUACUAUGACUGACAAGGAAAUGGAGUCACCAGAAUGUAUGAAAAGAAUUAAAGUUCAGGAGGUGAUUCUGAGUCGAUGGGUUUCUUCACGAGAGAGGAGUGACCAAGAUGAACUUUAACAAUUCAACCUUUGAAAUUAGAAAUUCGAAUUUCUAAUUUCGCCAACAACUAUUUGUUGAGGGCUAGGUAAAAAGUUUACUUAAUCAUCCAUUAAUUUAUAAGUUUUAAAAGGCAUGGUGCUGCCAGCACCAGAAAACUAUCAGUGUUUUUCAAGAUAAAUUACACAGGGGAGGAGAAGGAUCCCUGUGCUGGGACUGCAGGUUCUGUCCUUGCGUUGGCCUCUAACUCUCCAACCCUGAGCCUCGUGCCUCUGGCCUCAGUCUGUGCCCUCAUCCGGUGACUGAGGAGGUUGGGCUAGAUGAGUCCUGAGAACUCUUCCAACAACAGGGACAUUUGUUCUCUGAUUUUACCUGAAAAUGGUGGUAGUUUACAUUUAUACAGUAUGGUUUAUGAAGCACUUUCAUACAGAGGCAUCUGUUGUUACCUACAUCUAAGCUGUCCUUGGAAGAGUAUUAGCAGAUUUAGCAAUUACAUGGAUCUAU